UUUUUUUUCUCAUCUUCCAUCUAAUGAAAACUGUCAUAUCUACUCUUCAUUUUUCAACAUUACCAAACAUCAAAGGAAAAAAUAUACUGUGAAAACAUUAAUUGAUUUAGAAGAUGAAGUUUGGGAAAGAAUUCAAGGCGCAAAUGGUGCCAGAAUGGCAAGAAGCAUACAUGGACUAUGAUUUUCUCAAAACCCUUCUGAAAGAAAUUCAAAGAUUCAAGCUCAGAAACAAACCACCACCACAAUCCACCGCCGAUCACGGUGGCCUGAACAGAAAGCUGACGCUGUACAGAGCGUUUAGUGGCUUGAUACAGAAAAAUACCAGCCCGGCUGCUUCUAGUGACGUUGAAAGUCAACCCAUUUUUGUAAAUUCAGUGAACCGCGACGGGUCUCAAAGCUAUGAGACUACUUUUCUUAUGUCUUCCGAUGAAGGCGGAGAGUAUGAAACGGUUUACUUUGGGAGGCUGGAUGAAGAGUUCAAUAAGGUGGAGAAGUUUUACAAAGAAAAAAUUGGUGUGGUUAUGGAGGAAGCUGAGAUGUUGAACAAGCAAAUGGAUGCUUUGAUUGCUUUCAGAAUCAAAGUUGAGAAUCCUACCGGGUGGAAUGAUCGGUCGGCUGAUAUGACUCGUCUCGCUUCCGACGUUGCUGCUUCUGCCGCCGCCUUGUCUGCUUCCACUCCGUCUGGUGUCAGAGCAAGUAGAAAAUUUCAAGUUAUGGAAGUGAUUGAAGAAGCAUCGAGCCAGCACGAGAGAUCAGACGAGUCGACCCAUAAUGAGGAGGACGAUAGCCGAGAGACAGAAUCAGGAAAGCUGAACAAAAUUAAAGGAAUGAAACCGGCUCCACUGGAAGUAUUAGAACAUGUGAAAAUUAAUAACACACAUGAGACUCCUAGAUCCACCAUUAAAGGUGUUCUACACGUUCCUCAUCAUACAGAGCUCAAAUUCACAAGGGAAAAUCUUAGGAAAGUUGAGGAGCAACUCAAGCGUGCUUUCGUUGGAUUUUACCAGAAGCUUCGUCUUCUUAAGAGUUUCAGUUUCUUGAACACUUUAGCAUUUUCCAAAAUCAUGAAGAAGUAUGACAAGAUUACUUCAAGAGAUGCAUCAAAAGCUUACAUGAAAAUGGUAGAUAAGUCUUGUUUUGGACAUUCUGAUGAGGUAAUCAAAGUUAUGGGAAGGGUAGAGGCAACUUUCAUUAAGCAUUUCUCAAACUCGAAUCGGAGGAAGGGGAUGAGCGUCUUAAGGCCAAAAGCUAAAAGAGAAAAACACAGAACAACGUUCUCAAUGGGUUUCUUUUGUGGAUGCACAGUAGCUCUAAUAGUAGCCCUUGUUUUGAUAAUUCGUGCUCGUAAUCUCAUGGAUAAACCAGGGAGAGAAACUUAUAUGACAACCAUGUUUCCACUUUACAGCUUGUUUGCGUUCAUCGUGUUGCACUUGCUCAUGUACGCUGUUAAUAUAUACUUUUGGAUACGGUAUCGAGUUAAUUACUCCUUUAUAUUUGGAUUCAAACAAGGAACGGAACUGGGGUAUCGCAAUAUUUUUUUUCUAGGUUUUGGUAUAGCCACAUUAGCACUCAUCUCUGUGCUAUUGAACCUUGACAUGGAGAUGGAUCCUAAGACUAAAGACUAUCAGCAAUGGACUGAACUUCUUCCAAUGUUUGUGGUUAUAGCUCUCAUAGUCUUGGUGUGCUUGCCACUUAAUAUUUUGUACCGGCCAGCUCGAUUCUUCUUCCUCGCUUGUAUCUUUCACUGCAUUGCUGCACCUCUCUACAAGGUUACACUUCCUGAUUUCUUCUUGGCCGAUCAACUAACUAGCCAGGUUCAAGCAAUCAGAAGUUUGGAAUUCUAUAUCUGCUACUAUGGUUGGGGAGACUAUAAGCUCAGAGAUAACACUUGUGAUUUUAGCAAUGAAUUCACUAAAUACUCUUACAUUGUUGCUGCCAUUCCAUAUUGGACGCGUCUUCUUCAGUGCCUACGGCGGCUGUUUGAAGAGGGAGAUGCAAUGCAAGCAGUGAAUGGUGGAAAAUAUUUCAUAACAAUGGUAGCAAUUUCCUUAAGGACAGCCGAAAAACUGAAUGAUCCUAUGGAUAAAGGGUCUGUUUGGAAACUACCAGCAUUGAUUGUCUCAGUGCUGGCAGCAAUCGUGAGUACAUAUUGGGAUGUUGUGUACGACUGGGGACUUCUACAACGCAAGUCCAAGAAUCGUUGGCUUAGAGACAAACUUCUUGUUCCUCAUAAAAGUGUAUACUAUGUAGCCAUGGUGUUAAAUGUUGUUCUGCGAUUCGCUUGGCUGCAAACUAUCUAUAGAUACACGGUGUUUUCAUUGCACAAGGAAACGAUGAUUCUAAUUGUUGCUUGUCUUGAGAUUAUACGUCGCGGGAUUUGGAACUUCUUCAGGUUGGAGAAUGAGCAUUUGAACAAUGUAGGAAAAUAUCGAGCUUUCAAAUCAGUGCCGUUACCUUUCAACUAUGAUGAGGAUGAUGACAAACACGAAUAGACUUUUCAUCAACUAUUUCAUUAAUUUUGAGAUAAGAAGAUUUUGUGUGUUAUGACAAGGAUGAAUAGACUUUUCAUAAAGGAUUGGAUCAAACUGGAGAAUAUAAUGAAAUAUUAUACGAGGAGCUGUGUAUGUAUAUAUAGAAAAUGGGAUAUUAAACAAUGCAAGUCACUGAACUUACCUGUUAUUACAGAAAGGGUAUUAAACUUCAUUUUGUUACAAAAAAGUCAUUAAACUAUACAUUUUGUUACAA